UUGGAUCAAAAGGAGCCAUUGCUCAGAGGGGGAGGGCUUUCGCGUCAGAGCCGUAAUGUCGUCAGAUUCAUGUAAUGUCGAAAUAUCGGCAUUGAAAACAGCGCUGUCGCGGUUGCGGUUUGGCGUCCAUGAUAAGUGAUGCUACUGCAGAGGAUUCCGGAGCGCGAGCUCGGAACGCAGCGGGAGAGAAGUAACCACUCCCCCUCUUCUGCUCUUUACUUCAAGUAACGGCAGGUUGUGCCGGUGGAGUAAGCCGCAGCCCAACAUGAUCCCCUCCGAUUGAUGCGCAAACACGUCAAGUGUUUUGCCAAGCAGCUGAUCGCUUUCAUCAGUUAAAGCCAUGCCUGACGAGUAAAUAUCCCUACUUGCUCAAGGCAAUAAAACAUUAAAAAAACAGCCCCCUACAUGUCUCUGCAAGUAGACUCCCUCUUGUUCGUCCUGCUGGAGUAAAUCCCCCCUUCCAGAUAGGCUCUACUGCCCUCUCUCCUCACCGCCCCACUACUGCCUCUCCACAUCCACCUGUCACAAUGCCGCUCCACCUCAGAAUGGUCAACACCUAAAGAUUCCCAUGCGUCCAGUGAGCGACGGUCCUGCUCCUGUAAGCUUCUCACGCCCCCACCCCCCAGUUGGCCCCCUGCCCACCUCUGAGAUGUCCCUGCUCCACUCGCUGGGCCCAGUGCAGAGCUGGCUGGGCCAGGAGCUGGAGAAGUGCGGGAUUGAUGCCAUGAUCUACACCCGCUACGUCCUCAGCCUGCUCCUGCACGACAGUUACGACCUGCAGGAUCAGGAAAAUGACAUCUUGGGCUGGGAGAAGGGAACUGGGAAGAAAUGGGGCAAGAGUAAGAAGAAAGGAGGAGGGACAGACCAAAGUCUGGAGGAGAUAAAGAAGCAAGCCGCUGUGCAAUGUCUGCGUUCAGCAUCUGAUGAAAACUCUGGAAUUGAGAGCCUGGUCGAGGAGCUUUGCUCCAAACUCAAGGACAUCCAAAACAAACAGAAAGAAGAAAAACCGCUCAACAAAUCUUAUGGAUCUCAGUCUCCUGAACAAGUUGAGUCCUCUUCCUCAAAGGACCAGGUGGAAAUGUAUUAUGAAGCCUUUCCUCCUUUGUCAGAGGGAUCUGUUUGUCUCCAAGAGAUCAUGACGGUGUGGAACAAAGCUAAAGCCAGCGCUUACUCUGGCUCAUCAUCCUCUGCAGUCCCGCAGACCAGCACUGACACCUCCUCCCCAAAAGAUUGCAACAGCGAUGGUGAAGCUGCUAAUGAGAGAACCCCUGAGGCAUGCAGCACUACCACUAACCCAACCAGCGAGAGAGCCCAACAGCGACGCAGCAAGAAGGAGAAAGAGAACCGAUACCAUGGUGGCGCAACAGCGGAGGACCGAGCUGCCGUUCACAGCAAGAGGCAGGCGAGGCACAGGUCAGAGUGCAAGUAUCGGCCUCGCUCCUGGUCCUCUGGCUCUAGCGAGGCUGGCUCGAGCUCCAGCGGGAACCCAGGCGAUUCCAAAAUCUCCAGCAGGAAAGCAGUCAGAAUCAGGCACAAGUCCAAGGAGGCGGGCAGCAGGAGUAAGCGGGGGCGCAACAGAGGACAAGUGAAACUGGCUCUGCAGGCCAUUGACAAAGAGGGGCGCAGGAACGCUGGAGGUGGCAGCAGCAGCACCACCACUGGAGGCUCUGCAAGGCAAACACAGCUCUACAAAAAGGGGAACAGGCCGCUGAAGGAGAUUCGAAAAUAUCCAGGUUGGGGGGACGCAAAGGAGUCCGGAGCUGAGGCCAGCAACAAAAAGGAGUACAUGGAAGAGCCCCUGUGGUACACAGAGCCCAUCACAGAGUAUUUUGUACCUUUCAGUAGCAGAAAGAGCAAACUGGAAACAAAGUACCGGAGUAAGGUGGACUCUCCAGACGACUCGACUAUGUCCGCUAACUUUGAAAGGCUGUCUGAGAGAAUGCAAGGCAUCUACAUUGCCAACGCAAGCUUCCAGAGGGCGUAUCUGGCAGCGGGAACCUUUGUGGAUGGGCACUUUGUUGAGGUGCCAGGCGACUCAAAUGAGGAGGCUAACGACCUCAAUGGGACCUCAAGCUUCCCUCCGCCUGAGGAUAGUAGAGAUUUAGAUGAUGACCAUCUGUCUGAAUUCACUCACUUCUAUGAAGUCGAUAUUUAUCAAUCCAUAUUGGAUCCUAGUGCCUCAGACUCAGUACAAGAGAGUCGGAUCUUGAGCAUGAUUCGACAGAAGAGCGAAGAACAAAGAGACUUUGAGACAGAAUGUUGUUUAGUGUUAGAUGGCCUUGAGCUGCAAGGGGAAAGUGCAAUAAGGGUGGACUGUCAGGAAACUUUGGCAGCUGAUGGGUUCUUCAUGCAGGAUUUGGAAAACAUGGCUCAGAUCUGGGGAUGUUGUUCAUCCUCUAGCUCUGAAGAUCAAGAUGGAGAAAGCUUUGUAGGGGACUCACCCGUUCAGCUCUCCCCCGCUUUGGACGGUGUUACAUUCACCAUCAGUACUCUGCCUGGAAACCUGGAGGAGCCUCAUCUCCCAGAAGCCACAAGCGAAGCUUCUGGUCUGAACAACUCCUGCUUCUCUCUUUUUGAGCUCCAGUACGAUAGCCCCACUCUUUCUUUUCCCUGCGAUUCACUCACCGUUGGUCAAGAAAACAACACAGAUUCAAGUAGCUGUCUAGAACCACAUUGUAACAAGCAGUCUCGUUUGCUAAUUUGGACCAAAAAUAGUGCCUUCGAUGAAACUGAACAUUGUUCAAACCUUUCAACCCGAACCUGCAGUCCAUGGUCACAUUCGGAAGAGACUCGUUCAGACAAUGAGCAAAUAAAUGUUCAUACAGAGGAGUCCGCUCUAAUUGGCAAUGAAGAGAUUAAUUGUAUAAUCCUCCCCAUCUCUGGUACAUACCUAGAGGAAGAAAUCCUGGACUUUUUACAAGAAGACACCGGUCGUCAGUGCGAUGAGGCCAAUGUUGGCACAGUGUCCAAUCCGACCUUCGCAAAGAAAUCUAAAUUGGAGUCCAUUUGUGGGAUAGCGUUAGAACAGUAUGAUGCUGACAUGUUUUCGCAUGACACAAACCAACAGUGUGACAACUACAGCUCAGGGAUAAUAAAGGACAUUUGGACAGCUAUCGGAGAUGGAGAUCCUGAACUAUCACUAGGAGAAGAGAAGCCAGGCGAAGGCUUGUUCUCCAAAGAGUCGAGCAGCUACCACUGCGGUUGUCUUGACGUGCAGGUAAAGGAAGUUGGUCCCAUCCAGGGGCCUCUGAAGAAGGCAGUGCAGCACUCUGAGUACCACCUGUGGGAAGGCAAGAAUGAAGAGCAGGCCCUCCUGGCCAAAAACAAACUCUCGAAGAUUAAUGCUUCCGGGGAUUACAUGACGCCGUCCAAGCCCUGGGACGUGAACCCUGAGAAAGACAACACAUCGUUCAUCCUGGGAGGAGUGUACGGAGAGCUGAAGACGUUCAGUGGUGAUCAGGACUGGGCUGUGGUGCCGCCUGGCGACGCGAGAGGCAGCCUGCUACAGUGUGCCGCUGCUGCCGCCUCUGCCUCAGACGUGGUCACCAUUGCUGGUACAGACGUGUUCAUGAAUACGGGCAGCUGCUUUGCCCCUGGCCAUAAGCCCUUCUGGAGGCCCCUGGUCUCCUUCGGGCAGAGCGACCAGGCUACUAAAGGAGGUGGGGAAGGUUUGAAUAAGGGAUUUUCUUUAAUCUUCCAUGAAGAUUUACUCGGAUCCUGUGCAGGCUUCCAAGGCGAGGAGCCAGGACUCGACAACCCGUUUGCGUCCUUCGAUCUGAACAAUCAGUUCUCUCAAGUCCUCCACGUAGAAUGCUCCUUCGAGCCUGAGGACAUGGCUUCGUUCAGCCCGGGGUUCAAGCCCAAGUCUAUAUUGUGCUCUGACUCUGAGAACGACGCUUUCCACCCACGGCUAUACGGCAUCAACCAGACCACCCAGUACAGGGCCAUCCGCAUCUCCCCCAGGACUCACUUCCGACCCAUAUCCGCCUCAGAGCUGUCGCCCGGUGGAGGGAGUGAGUCAGAGGCUGAUUCUGAGAAAGAAGAGAAGAGUGUUCCAUUCCUGGCCCUGCCAGAUGUCUUCGAUGACCCUCAGGCAGACCUCAAACCGCUAGAGGAGGACGCAGAAAACGAGGGCCCCUGCUACGGGAAGUCAGAACUGGAAUCUGGUAAGUUCCUGCCCAGAUUGAAGAAGUCUGGCAUGGAGAAGAGUGCCCAGACCUCACUGGAUUCUCAGGAGGGCUCUAGCACCCUUCUGCCAAUCGCUGAGCAAGAGAUUUGCUUAGACUGCGAAAUGGCAGCCGCAGCAGGAGCAGCAACAUUGAUGGCAAGUGGACGGAUGGACGUCCCAGUCAAUCAGAUUCAGAAGGAAGAAUCUUGCAGAGAAAAGGAAGCCUGCAAAUGUGCAGCGGCUGGUCAGUGUCCCACAUAUGGGAAAACCUAUGACUUCAUUGAAGAUUUGCAUGAGUUCCCUCUAUUAAAUAUUAGUGGACAGGGAGGAACUGGCAGCCAGCAAGAUGAGUGCUGGUGGCAGAACACACUCUGUUCCCCCCUUUUCCCCGGAUCUCAGUGUACAGGGAGCAGCAACAUCUGAUAACUAGCUCUGUGGAGUGUAAGCCUAUUGUCGAGAGGAUAUAACCUCUUCUCGUUUGACUGCACCUCUACUAGCAGAUAUAGGGGAGACCUCAGGACCGGGAAACCAAAGGCUUCUGGACAGAGGAACCCCUCACCACAUCCCAACCCUGCUGAUUUUCAUUUACUAACUUGAAUCGUAUGUAAUCAACAACCACAACAAAAGAGUGAAAAUAUGAAAACGAAAAAAAAAAAAAAAAUGUUCUACAUGUCUUUGUGAUGCAAUAUCUGAAUACAUGCAUACAUAGAUUUGCUUUAGUUGAUUUUUCCAGACAUUAAUAAUCUUCAUUAGUCACAGUUAGAUAUAAGGGACUCUUGUUUUUCCUUCCAUCGGUUUUUCCAGCUUUCUUUUUGCUUUUAAACUAGGAUACUGGUAGUUGUGGUGUCCAAAUGGUUGUGCCUGUCCUACUAGUCUCAUUCCUUCCUUACUAGUGUAACUGCUACAAUUUCCAUGAAUUGACUGUGAUGUCGCUCUUCAUAACGUAUGAAAGCACCGCGAUAGCAUCCUCUUUUUCUUUCUCCACCCCUAUCAUUCAGAAAGUGAAGGAAGAAUGUGCCGAUAUUUGAGUUGUGCAAUAAUAGUUUAUUUUGGUAGCAUGGGUGCCUUUCUGAAUGUGGAAAGAAAGAAUGUGUGCAUUUUUCCUCUGAAAAAUCUGUAUCAAAGAUCCCCCCCAGAAGUGUGCAAAGUUGCUCUAAAUUAGUAUGAUUUAGAAGGGUGGUUGUCAGUUUUUCAGAACCUUAGUAGUAGACGUAGGUAGUAUGGUUUGAGUCAAAAAAAAAAGUACAAAACUUAAAAAAAAAAGAAAUAUUUCAAAACUGAUGUUCAAUGCAACAAGAAAAAAAGCACGUUUGAGUUCAAUUUGGGGAGUAAUGGCUCUUUGCAAAAAUAUUUAAUUACAGUCAUCCUCUACAGAGGCACCGAACUAGUAAGAACUAGUAAGUUUUUAUUUUAAGAACUAGUAAGUUUUUAUUUUAAGAACUAGUAAGUUAUUUUAACUAGUAAGUUAACUGGCCUGUAAUAACAAUUCAAGUAAAUAGUUACAGUAUUUGAUUUAAUUAUUGUUAUCAGGCGGCAACAAAUUCAGACUGUAUUACAAGAAUAUAGUAUCACUAUGCUCAUUGGACUGUAAGGUCUACAGCAGAAGCAGGAUAUUAAAGGCAAUAAAUAAAAAAUGUAUGCUGACACUACUUAACUGAAAAGUGUAAUAUAAAACAGAGGAAAAGGUGAUCAACCAAAAAUUACAUCAUUCCACCGAAGUACGAAAAUAUUACAUUUUUAUUUAGAGGGGUGUUUUACUUUCAUUUUUGGUAUACAGUAGCCAGUAUACAAAAAUGUCUCACUUUUUUAUGUGUGCGUACGUGUGUGUCUGCAUUGAACACGUACAGACAUUGGUUCAAAAUGACAUUGUGUGCUCGAUCUUUACCAAGAGAAAUGCAAAAUAUAUUUGUGCCCCAAACCCUCUUAAGUGCAAGUGCACAAACAAAGUUUAAUUUGAGGCCCUAAGAUGUUGGAUUGAUUGUUUUUGUGGCCUGUGCAUUGACUAUUAAAUCACAUCUUAAGACUAAAUGCGUUGUGCAUAUCUUUAUAUCCCUGCAGGGGGUUAUUUCAGGUUUUUGUUUCCUUCCCUUUCAAAAUAUUAGUCCAUAUACCAUUUUUGGGGGGGCAAGAACUGGGUGAAUAUUUUCGCCCUCAGAAGACUUAGGAAUUGAAGCACAGGCAACAAAUGUUUGUUACCAUGCCCCCAUGUACUCUUGUGAUGCAUUCGUUGCGCAGUCCAAAAUAUGUCUGCCAACAACAUGUGCACAAACGGGUUUAAAUGCACUGUCACAAGGCACAGUGUGAGCACUGUCAUUGAUCCUAGGUUUUUACUAUUCAUAGACCUCUUAAUGGACAGUGGUAUCUUGAGUUGGUUUGGUAAAGUCAAUAGCAAACUGUUUCAAUUUGCCAGGGCCUCAGUGCCUGCCCCAUACAAUAAAGUAUGUUCUUCACUUGUGUUAAACCGAUCGAAACGUGAAUGAAAGACUGCUCAGAAAAUUUCUGGCUGCUUUCAAUUCUUUAUUUUAUUUAGACAGUUGUCAGUCACUCAGGAAUACUUAAAUACUAAAACAUGUGUUUUUAAAGUAGGUGGAAAACAAGUAUGUGGCAGUGCAUCAGUACUUUCAUUAAAGCAUUAAUUUAGUACUGAAACUUUAUUCGAGCAAAAAAUUGACAGGUGUUUAUUAAUCCCAAGAUUUGUACAGUUAAUUGUACAGCACUUAGUUUUAGAGCUAACUUUUGAAGCUGGCCGAGCAAUUUGAGAUUGCAUAAGUAAUGUGAGGAUGACCUUUUCAUGGCCCUCGGUCAUAUGCAAUAUCUUGGCGCAUGUAAACUUAAACAUUUAAGCGUAUGUGGAGGAAAUUCACUUAAUUUAGCAUGAACAGUUAUUUUUGAGUGGGGGAGAGUGAAAAAAAUAAAGACUCAACCGUUAUGGAGUGUCUUUCAAAUAAAAGCAGCAUGCCAACAUCACACCAUCUCUUUAAGUUGAAUAAAUAAAACAGGUUUUAAUUAUAUAAAAGUACAGGGGAGGUUAAAGAAGUGAUAAUAAAAAUAGAAAAGUGUGGAUAUGAGACAGUCACAAAGCACUUAAAUAGAUGCAUUUCCUUCAAACUCCCAUGUAUUUUCCUUUUUAUGAUCUUCCAUGGUAAGGUAUUGUUUAUAUAUUGAGAAGAAAAAAGAUUGGCGAGAAAAUGCAUCAAGUGAGAGUAUGCAUUUGAAACUACAUUGAAAAGGUUUAACAAAUUGAGUUUUGAUUGUACUGUGGUCUGAAGAACAGCAUAUCCAGCACUGAAAACCAGUUUUCCUUGUCUCUUCAUUUCCACUAGAUGACACCCUCCCAUCCCAGCUCAUCCCAUACCUUACUCCCUCAUCCUUCUCCCAACUGUGUCAAGUGGUUGUAUUGUUUUAAUUUCAUGUACACCCCGAGUAAAUUAUUUUUUUUCAUUGGAGUUUUUUUUAACAUCUAAUAAAGGUAUAAACCAAAUCA